AUGACCUCCGAGUUCAUAAGUUUUCUUGUAUCCCGCGCACGGCGUACGACUGCCGCCUAUCUCAAGAUCGCUUUGACUGCCACAGCUACUGCAGUUAUCCAUUGGGCCAACACCACGGUCCCUUACGAUUUUGACCAGGACAUCGACGACCGUAAGCCCAAGUGCCAAGUCAUCUUCACCAGACGCAUGGAAUUUGACAUUCGGCUAAGACAGCUGUCGACACAACAGCCACAACAAAGCACCUACACAAAGGUGAACGCUCCACAGCCCGUCAACACCUCCUACAACCCCCAAGACUCGCUAAACCAGUUGAAGUUGGACAUGGCACAGCUUCAGCAAGAGCGAGAGAGGAGAUACCGCAAGGCGGUGGAGCCGCUCUGCCGGAGGCUUAGCGAGCUCCAUAAGGCGAGAGUGGCCUCCUUGAUGGAGCUGUAUGGUCCUAGCGACCGGAUCCUGGUCCCGCGCCGCAGCCUGGCGGAGAUUGAACGCGAGGCGGAACGCAUGGCGUCUCGCAAGCCAUCGGCCGCGCCAACCGCCCCAGGACCAGCGGCGAUAAUAGUGGCAGUACCGGUACCAGUACUCACGCUGAUGCGAAGGGCCGCGAUAGUACGUACGACCGUGCCAGUACCAGCAGCUGCACCAGCACCAACCACUGCACCGUCACCAGCAUCUGCACCAGCAGCCGCACCAGCACCGGCAACCGGGCCAGCACCAAUCGCCGCACCGGCACCGCCAGCCGUGCCAGUACCAGUAGCCGCAUCAGCGCCAGCAGCCGCUCCAGCACCCCCAGCCGUGCCAACAUCAACGCCAGCAGCCGCGCCAGCACCAGCAGCCGCAACAGCACCAGCACCAUCGGAUGCACGAGCAGUUGUGCCACUCGUUGCGGUUCCUGGCCGCGAGAUUCCCAAGCCUCGGAUCAAAAAGCCGUCAUUCACUCCCACAGCAUCAGCACCAGAAGCUGCGCCAGCGCCAGCAACCCCGCCAGCACCAGCAGCCGCACCACCGACAGUAACUUCGCGAGAACCAACUGUUGUACCUGCACCAGCACCAACUACCGCACCUGCACCAGCGGCAACUGUCACACCUGCACCAACGCCGUCGGAGGUACGAGCAGUUGUGCCACUUUUUACGGUUCCUGGCCGUAAGAUUGCUAAGCCUCGGACCAAAAAGCCAUCGGUGACUCCAGUCAUCAUUAUGCCCACGGACCGUCCGAUCGCUCGCAUGAGGACUAAAAAACAGUCGCUCACUCCCACCACACCAACACCAACUGCCGCGCCAGUGCCAACAGUAACAACAAAGCCAGCACCAGCAACCGCCAUAGUACCAGCAACCGCAGCAGUACCAGAGGCCGCGCCAGUACCAGAGGCCGCGCCAGUACCAGAGGCCGCGCCAGCACCAGAAAACGCGCCAGCACCAGAAAACGCGCCAGCGCCAGCUGCCGGCCCAGCGAGUGUAACUGCGCGAGCACCAACUGCCGCACCAGCACCUGCACCACCGUCAGCCGCCGCAACAGCACCAACAGUCCCAGCGCCAUCGGAGGCACGAGUGGUUGUGCCAGUCAUUGCUAAGCGUCGGACCAAAAAGCCAUCGGUCACUCCCACCGCAUCAGUACCAACAGCCACACCAGCACCACCACUAGCAGCCGCACCAGUACAAGUGACUGCACCAGCACCAGCAACCGCACCAGUACCAGCAGCCGCGCCAGCACUAGAGACCACACCAGUACCAAUGGUCACACUAGCACCAACAGCUGCAAUGGUCCCACCGCCGUCGGAGAAACAAGCACGAGCAUUCACUGCGGUCCCUGGCCGUAAGAUCCCCAGGCCUCGGAUCAAAAAACCUUCACUCACUCCCACAUCAUCAGCACCAGAAGCCUCGCCAGCUCCAGCAACCUCGCCAGCACCAGCAGCCGCACCUGAACCUGCACCAACUACCGCACUUGCACCAGCGGCAACUGUCACACCCACACCACCACUAGUAGCCACACCACCGCCAGCAGCCACACCAGCACCAACUGCCAUACCAGCACCAGCACCAACUACCACACCGACACCAACUUCCACAUCAGUACCAGCGACCACACCAGUACCAACUGCUACACCAGCACCAGCGGCCGUACCACCACCAGCGCCGUCGGAGGUACGAGCAGUUGUGCCACUCUUUACGGUUCCUGGCCGUACGAUUGCUAAGCCUCGGACCAAAAAGCCAUCGGUGACUCCAGUCAUCAUUAUGCCCACGGACCGUCCGAUCGCUCGCAUGAGGACUAAAAAACUGUCACUCACUCCCACCACACCAACACCAACUGCCGCGCCAGUACCAACAGUAACAACAAAGCCAGCACCGGCAAUAGCCACAGUACCAGUAACCGCCGCAGAACCAGCAACCGCAGCAGUACCAGAGGCCGCGCCAGCACUAGAGACCGCACCAGUACCAAUGGUCACACUAGCACCAACAGCUGCAACAGCCUCAUCGCCGUCGGAGAAACAGGCACGAGCAUUCACUGCGGUCCCUGGCCGCAAGAUCUCCAAGCCUCGGAUCAAAAAACCGUCAUUCACUCCCACAUCAUCAGCAUCAGAAGCCUCGCCAGCGCCAGCAACCCCGCCAGCACCAGCAGCCGCACCACCGACAGUAACUGCGCGAGAACCAACUGCUGUACCUGCUCCAGCACCAACUACCGCACCUGCACCAGCGGCAACUGUCACACCUGCACCACCACCAGCUGCUACACCAUCACCAGCCGCCAUACCAGCACCAACACCAACCACCACACCGACACCAACUUCCACAGAAGUACCAACAACCACACCAGUACCAACUGCCACACCAGUACCAACUGCCACACCAGCACCAGCGGCCGUACCAGAACCAGCGCCGUCGGAGGCACGAGCAGUUGUGCCACUCAUUGCGGUUCCUGGCCGUAAGAUUGCGAAGCCUCGGACCAAAAAGCCAUCGGUGACUCCAUUCAUCAUCAUGCCUACGGACCGUCCGAUCGCUCGCAUGAGGACCAAAAAACAGUCCCUCACUCCCACGGAACCACCACUAGCGACCGCACCAGUACCACCUGCCACACCAUCACCAACACCAACUUCCACACCAGUACCAGGGACUGCACUUGCACCAACUACCACACCAACACCAACUGCCAUAACAGUACCAGCACCAACUACCGCACCGACACCAGCUGUCACACCAGCACCAGCACCAACUGCCAUACCAACACCAGCAGCAACUGUCACACCAACACUAGCGACCGCACCAGUAUCAACAGCUGCACCAGCGCCAACAACCGCACCAAUACAAACAGACCCAAUUGCAUCAACUGCCACACCAGCACUAACGACCGCACCAACAACAACUGCCACGCCAGCCUCAGCAACGUCGGAGAACCAGGAACGAGCAUUCGCCGCAGUCCCUGGCCGCAAGGUUGCUCAGCCUCGGACCAAAAAGCCGUCGCUCACUCCACUGAUCACCAUGCCCAAUGAUCGCUCGAUUGCUCGCAUGAGGAACAAAAAGGUUUGA